AUGAAGGAUCCUGGACGAGCAGGAGCUUUCUUUCUGUCUCUGUUAUGUCAACUCACUCUCCCCAACCACAUCUCAGCAAGAAAUGCCUCGACAACAAAAGUGGUAUUUGUAUGCGUCCAAAAAGGACUCUCGUUACUGUCAAUAGAAAGGACAAGAAAGGAAAUCACUGCCAUCAGUCAUUCUCUUCCAAACACAUGUCAAUGUCGUCAACCAUCACACAAUCAUCUGAACAAGGCCCUGGCCACCAAGAGUCUUGCUGCCAACAAACUCCUGAUUUUUAAGGCCAGCAAGGAGGUAGAAGACAGCCGCAACAAGGAGAACCACAGCAGCAGCGAUCAAGCUGGAUGCGCCAGAGAUAAGGCUGAGCCAUUGUAUGGCACUCAUGACCACAUAGAUAACCGCGCGCAUGUAGUUGGUUGUGAAACGGCGGAUAAACGAGUCAAACUUGGACGAGGUCGGGCAGAUCCUGAGCAGGAAGGGAACCUCGAUGAAGAUCAAAACGAAUGCAGAGCAUCUGCCAAAGCAUAUUAUGCUAAAAGGAAUUCGCAGAAGGGGGGCGAAGAUGUUGGCAAUGCCCAGGGCGAAGCAGAGGAAAAUGCACAGGACGCCCGUCCUACAUGGAGACCAAAAUCAGCAACAGAAAUCACCAAAAUAUGA